AUGGGUUGGUUCGACAGCAAAUCCAGUGCCGUGUCAUCCGGAGGAAAUGUGCAGCGACGAUCAUCACCGACGCCUAGCUCGCACAGCAUACACAACAAACGCAGCAAAAACAGCAAAUCCGGCUACUCCACCCACCACACGCGAACAUCGGCGCCGUCUUUCAUCAGCGGGUUAGGCGGCAGCCGGGCAGGAGCCCGAUCAAACCCAUCUGUGUUCUCGUCGUUCUCAUCUUCGUCGCGACGGGCCCGUCCCCGCGAUGGAUUCGUUCAGCGCAUGCUUCGCGACAUUAAGCGUCUGUUCCGUGAUAUUUAUCGCUGGGCCCGUCGCAACCCUGUGAAAGUCUUUAUGCUGGUUAUCUUGCCGCUCCUGACCAGCGGUGUUCUGCCAAAGCUGCUUGCUAUGAUUGGCAUUCGCUUGCCACGUGCUGUUACCAGCGCCCUUGGUGGCGCGGCAAAGUCGAAUGGUCGUGGUGGUAGGGGUGUUUUGGGAAAAAUUGGCAGUCUCGGGAAAAUUGCCAAAAUCUUUGCGUAG